AUGACGGCAAGCUAUAGUUCUUUCGAAUUCUAUCAUUACAAUCCCUCCAUAUCAGCAGCUGUUAUCUUUAUUCUCCUCUUCCUCGCUGCAACACUGCUCCAUUUAUACCAACUUUUCCGAACCCGCGCUUGGUUCCUGAUUCCCUUCAUUGUCGGGGGAUUCUUCGAAUGGAUUGGUUACGUCGGACGAGCAAUAUCUCACACACAAACGCCAGACUGGACUCUUGGGCCAUACCUACUGCAAACCCUUCUCUUACUUGUUGCCCCUGCCUUGUUUGCAGCGAGUAUAUACAUGGAACUUGGCCGCAUCAUUUUGCUCAUUGAUGGGGAAAGCCAUGCUCUUAUCAAAAAGAAAUGGCUCACCAAGAUUUUUGUCUGUGGAGACGUGUUGUCUUUCCUUAUGCAAGCAGCCGGCGGAGGCAUCCAAGCAAGCGGCACUGCAUCUGCUUUACUGACCGGAUCUCACAUCAUAGUCGGAGGCCUGUUCAUUCAGCUUAUAUUUUUUGGCUUCUUUAUCUUUGUUGCCGUGCAUUUCGAUCUCAAUAUGAAAAGAUACCCUACCCAAAGGGCUCUGACUCUUCCUUGGCGCAAACACCUUGGCGCCAUGUACGCGACAAGUUUGUUAAUCAUGGUCCGGUCUAUCUUCAGGGUAGUGGAAUAUCUCCAAGGUUUCGAUGGCUACAUACUCGAACACGAGGCAUUUUUAUAUGUUUUCGACGCGCUCCUCAUGUUUUUGGUCAUGGCUGUCUUUAUUGUGGUCCAUCCCAGUGAAAUAAAUGCGCUUGCCAAAGGGGGGCAUGCAGCAAAAGGAUAUUUUGGCCUGGAGAUGACUUUUCUCAACGGCAAUCAUCAACAUAUGCCCUCUGACGUGUAA